GGCGUAGAAGACUCCAGAAUAACAGCAGAAGUAGAAGAAGACUUCCCAGCAUGCAUCUCGGCGCGCGAAUUUGGAUUUUGUUUUGAAGUUACAAACAUGAGAGUAUUUAUACUACAUUAACCUACAAACACAACUAAACCAACAAAACCAGCCUCUAUAACACUCUACAUGUGUCUAGGACUCAUUGAUCUGUUUCUUUCCAGGUAGUGUUGGCAGGUGGAAGGAGGGCUGGCUGUGUUUCAUCAGUAAAUGGAGGAUGAGCAGCCCAGGAGAGAGCAGCGGGACACCCAAACCAGCUGACCCCUUUGAAGAUGUAUGGAGGCAGCUCAGAGAGUGCCACCAGAAUGCACUUCAAGAACUGGAAGCAAAAGUGAACAAGUUGAAAAAGGCGCGCUAUUUAGAUGCUCAGAGUCUUGAGGUGUUUCACAUUCGCACCCAGCAGCAAAAGGAGCAAAACAAAACCCUGCAGGAUACCAUCUUUCGCCUGGAGGAAAGGCUCUGUGCAGCUGAGUGUGAUCAAUGUGCCAUCUUAAAGGAGAACCUAAAAAAUAACCAGGAUCAGAAUGUGCGCCUCAUCGCCAAACUGAAGAAUGAAAGAAACAACCUUGAGGAUGAAAACAGAAAACUACAUGCUGAACUGCAAAAAUUCAAGAUGUCCCGCUCAGAGCCCCAGCAGGCCUCAUCCCCGGAGCAAGAAGACGGCAUCAUCCCAGACUCGCCAAUCCUGCAAAGCUCGCUGCCUGUGUUAAACAAACUGAGGAAACGGAGAGAUGUCGACAAAAUGAAGCACGUUCGCUAUGCAGAGACGCCUCUACCUCGGUUUAACUACUCGCUCUUCAGCGUACUGGAUAAAGAGCCUGUUGACGCUACAAAGAAUCCUGGAAGAGCACAAGUGCUUGUACCCAACACAUGUGAACUGGACUCAUCCCAAACCUCAAAUGAUGUGAAUCUAGAUCUGGAAGACGCCAUAGCAGAAACCUGUGGCUUUGAAUUUAUUGACAAGCCUCACGUGAAAACUGAGCCAACUGCAGGCCAGCAGAGCAGCUCAAAAUCUCCCUGGAAGUAUGGUGCUGGUUUAAAACCUUACCGCUCCUCCUCUAUAUCCACGCUGCUCCACAGUCCAGACUCCACCACAGAAAGGUCCCCAUCGCUUCUCCCGAGUGUCAAAAGGUUUGCAGAGGAUGGCUCCGUUAACAAAGCAAAGCGUAAGAAGGAGGAAAGUGAGCCGGAGGUGCAAGAGGAGGACAAACAACGAACCCAGGAAGGGGUGGACAAACAUAAAGAAGGCAAACACAUACAACCUGAACUGAUCAAACGAACCUCCACACCUUUAAGCAAUCAAAGCUUUAAGAAGCGGCUGUCGGACGGCAAGGUUCAGUCAGAACUAAAUGGGACUUCCAACCAAGGCCCAAAUGUGUCCUUUAAAAGUCCUGCUUUCAAGAAGCCAAAUGUUAAAGGAGGAGCAAACAAGGACGGUGUUGGGAAGAAAGGAAACCUCCGGCAGGAUCUGAAUACCUCACAGGACCAACAUAAAGGAAAAGUUGCUGAAAGGAGGAUCAAAGUGGAGCCCAUGUGGAGCAUUGACCCUGCGCUCGCCAUGUCCAUGUACGACAGUGAGUGCAGAGGAGACGAGCCAAAGGAAGAAGGAGAAGAAGAAGAAGAAGAAGAAGAGGAGUGUCAUGGAGAGUUGGUGGAUUCCGACCGCACUUGGGUCAGUCACAGUUUACUCCAAUGCCGGGGAGAAAAUGCCCCAAACAGAAGGGACAGUGUGUCUGGACUAGCAGAGAAGGCAAAUGACAGUUUGGAUAUGAUGUUUGACACAACCGCUCAGGGGGAGUACAAGUCUUUCAACAACUCACACUUGGGCCAGAGCCAGCCCUGUGGUGAUGAUGAUGAUGAUGAUGAAGGAGAAGAGGACGAUGAUCAACAAGAUCCUCAUGAAAACACUAUGAGCCAAAGUAACAGGCACAAAGCACGACGUCCGGCAUUUGCACACAUGGCUGUGAUUCGCAAGAAAGAUGAGAGAAGAAAACUGAAGGGCACUACCUGCAAGGAAUGUGAAAUUUAUUACGCCGAUCUACCAGAGGGGGAAAAGCAGAAAAAGAUGUCGGCCUGCUCGAGGCACCGGUUUCUGUAUAUUCCUCCCUGUACUCCUGAAAACUUCUGGGAAGUUGGAUUCCCAUCAACUCAAACAUGCAUCGAUAGAGGUUAUAUCAAGGAAGACAAGAAUCCCCAGGUGCGUACUCGGAGGAGACAACCAUUCCAUGCUUUAUUCUCCCCGAAGCACAACCAGCAGGAGAGCUAAAAAAAAA